AUGGCAUUUAGAAGGACAGAGGGAAUGUCCAUCAUCCAGGCCUUGGCCAUGACUGUGGCAGAGAUCCCUGUGUUUGUUUACACAACAUUUGGGCAGUCUGUGUUCUCUCAGCUGCGGCUCUCCCCAGGCCUGCGUAAGGUGCUGUUUGCCACAGCCCUUGGGACGGUUGCCUUGGCUCUUGCAGCUCAUCAGAUGAAGCGGCGCCGGCGUCGGAAGAAGCAGAUUGCUCCAGAGAAGUGUGGCUUUAAACCUGGAGGGAUCACGGUGCCCAUCUUGCCCACCAGAAGGGUCUCCUCUGUGAAGAAAGGAUACUCCAGCAGGAGAGUCCAGAGUCCUGGCAGCAAGAGCAAUGACACACUCAGUGGGAUUUCCUCCAUCGAGCCCAGCAAACAUUCCAGUUCCUCCCACAGCCUUGGCUCGAUGGUGGCAGUCAACUCUUCAAGUCCAAUACCAGCAUCAGCAGGGAUGUGGGAGGCCCAGGCAAUGGGAGAUGCUGGAGCCAUGGGUGAUUCCAGUGCAGAAAGCCUCUAUGUUCAAGGCAUGGAGCUGUUUGAGGAGGCCCUGCAGAAGUGGGAGCAGGCACUGACCAUCAGGCAGAGGGACAGUGCAAGUACCAGCACUCCUGUGCCCUGGGACAGCAAGAAACAGCAAGAGAGCAUGUCUGAGAACAUCCCAGAGGAGGAGUCCCAGAAAAGAGAGUUUGCUGAGAAGCUGGAGUCCCUUCUGCACCGAGCCUACCACCUCCAGGAAGAGUUUGGCUCUUCCCUGCCAUCAGACAGCAUGCUGCUGGAUCUGGAGAAGACUUUAAUGCUUCCAUUGACGGAUGGGUCGUUGCGGCUUCGGACGGACGAUGAAGACAGCUCAGCUUCUGAGGACUCCUUCUUCUCUGCAGCAGAGCUCUUUGACUCCCUCCCCUUUGAUGAAAUACCAUUCCACCUCUCCAGGCCGGUGGCGGCGUACGAAGAAGCUCUGCAGCUGGUGAAGGAGGGGAAGGUUGCGUGCCGGACGCUGAGGACAGAGCUCCUUGGCUGCUACAGUGACCAGGACUUCCUGGCGAAGCUGCACUGUGUCAGGCUGGCCUUCCAGGAGCUGCUGGAGGAUGAAAGCAAUCAACUAUUUUUUGGGGAGGUUGGGAAGCAAAUGGUGAUAGGACUGAUGACAAAAGCUGAAAAGAAUCCCAAAGCUUUUCUGGAAAGCUAUGAGGAGAUGCUGCAUUAUGCACUGAAGCAAGAGACCUGGCCAACCACUCAGCAGGAGCUGGAGGGAAGAGGGGUGGUGUGCAUGAGUUUCUUUGACAUUGUGCUGGACUUCAUCCUCAUGGAUGCUUUUGAGGACCUGGAGAACCCGCCCUCCUCGGUGCUGGCUGUGCUGCGCAACCGCUGGCUCUCCGACAGCUUCAAGGAGACGGCUCUAGCAACUGCCUGCUGGUCGGUCCUGAAAGCAAAAAGGAGGCUUCUGAUGGUACCAGAUGGCUUUAUCUCUCAUUUCUACUCCGUAUCGGAGCAUGUCAGUCCUGUUCUAGCCUUUGGUUUCCUGGGGCCCAAGCAGCAGCUAUCUGAAGUCUGCGGUUUCUUCAAGCACCAGAUAGUACAGUACCUGAAGGACAUGUUUGACUUGGACAACGUGAGGUACACGACAGUGCAGUCUCUGGCAGAAGACAUUCUGCAGCUGUCGCGGCGGCGCAGCGAGAUCCUCCUGGGCUACCUGGGCACCGAGCCGAGCCCCGAGGUGAACGGCAUGCUUCCUGGAGAAAGUGAGCCCCUGGAGCUCAUCUGA